AUGGCGUCUCCGAAUGAGGAUUAUACCGAACACUCGGACGAUGGUGCUGCUGUUACUUCUACGGCUUCUAAGCCGUUGAAGCACUCUAUCUUCCGUUCGGUACCCUUUCAGAUGGCCGUCGCAUGCGGUGUCUCUUUCACCGCUCCCGGUAUGUGGGAUGCGCUCGGUGGUCUGGGAGCUGGUGGCGCUGCUGAGCCAUACGCCGUAUCAGCCGCCAACGCUCUUGUCUACGGUCUAUUCUCUAUCGUCUGUGUAGCCGCGGGAGCCAUAAACAAUCGCAUCGGUUUACCGUACGGUCUUGCCCUCGGCGCUGUCGGCUAUCCCCUCUACGGCGCCGGACUGUACACUAACAACGUCAACGCCACCACGUGGUUCAUGCUCUUCGGUAGCGCCCUCUGCGGUAUCUCGGCUGGGUUCUUCUGGGCCGCGGAGGCAGCUAUUAUUAUUGGUUACCCGAGCCCGAAGGAUCGUGCUUUUUAUCUGGCUAUUUGGCAGACUGCUAAGGCGGCUGGUCCUAUUGUUGGCGGCGCUAUUAAUCUCGGCCUUAACGCCCAGCGCUCUACAGCUGGAUCCGUCGGUUCCGCCACGUAUAUCGUCUUCAUCGCUAUCAUGUGCUUAGGCCUGCCCAUCGCACUCUGUCUCAGUCCCGCGGAAAAGGUGUGGCGUCGCGACGGCACCCGCGUCGUCGUGCGCAAGGAGGUGACCUGGCGCGCCGAGUUCCAGGCCGUGGGCAAACUACUGGCGUCGCGACGCGUGCUCCUGCUGCUCCCGGCUUUCUUCAUCAGCUACUUCUACAACGGCUUCGUCAGCACCUGGCUGACCAAGUACUUCACGGUGCGCGCGCGCGCCUUCUCCUCCUUCUUCACCAACUUCGCCGGCAUCUUCAGCUCCUUCAUCAUCGCCGCCCUGCUCGACCGCCAGAACAUCCACAUCCGGACGCGCGCCCGCGUCGCCUUCACCGCCAUCGUGACCAUACUCAUCGGCACCUGGAUCUGGGCUUCUAUCCUGCAGAAGCGGUUCUACGACGCUCCCGUCGCCCCCGUGUUCGACUGGUUCAAGGGCGGCUUCGGCUCCGCGUACGCGCUCGUUUUCUUCUGGACGUUCGGCGGCCAGGCCUUCCAGCAGUUCCUCUACUGGCUUGUUGGGCAGUAUGCCACGGACCUGUCGUCGCUUUCGCAUCACACUGGUAUUUUGAGAGGUGUUGAGGCUCUCGGACAGACUGUUGCUUGGGCCAUGCAAUCGGAAGGCAACGCCAACCACUUCGUCAGCAUCGGGCUCAACUUCGGCAUCACCGUCCUGUGCAUCCCGUUCACCUGGAUCAUCCUUUCGGAACUCGACCGCAGCCACGAGAUCAAGGUUACGGAAGUCCAAGUCGAGGCGGACGCGGAUCAAAAGAAGGAUGAUACCGCUGUUUCCGUUUGA